AAUCACGUAUUUUUUUUAAUCCUGUAGGGGUGCUGGGUUCUGUUUUAGCAGUAACAUUAUUUUUUCUACAACCUAAUUAAUAUUUCAUCUGUUGCUUUCUUGCCUUUUAUUUAAAGAAAAAUAUUUAUUGCACAGAUUUGGUAUCUUCCAUCUUCGUUGACCUCUGCUUGUUAUCCCAGUAGCCACAAUAGUGAUAAAUAUUGACUAAUUGUUUCAAGAUAAUUGAUGAAAAAACAUAACAUUUUUAAGAAAUGAGCUUUAUUGUUUCCCGUCUUGCGGCUGUGCGCUCCGCAAGAAACGUUCUGGAUACCGACUUUCACUCAUUCCACCACAAUCUCCGAACGAUAUCCUUGAACGCUGACCAGUUAGCACCUAACAAAGAUAAAAGAAAAAUGGCUGGGAAACUAACCGAAGAACAGCGCAAAAGCGACCUGGAACCAUUGCUAAAAAAUGGCUGGACUGUGGUUAACAACAGGGAUGCCAUUUAUAAGGAAUAUCUCUUCAAGAAUUUUAACGAGGCAUUUGGGUUCAUGACUCGCGUUGCUCUCUUAGCAGAAAAAAUGGACCACCACCCGGAAUGGUUUAAUGUUUACAACAAAGUACAAGUAACGUUAUCUUCCCAUGAUGUGAACGGAUUAAGCAAUCGUGACGUCAAGCUUGCCAAUUUCAUGGAACAAGCCUCUAAAUUAUUUAAACAGUAAAAUUAUCAGAAAUGAACUAUGAACCAUGAAUAAGAGACCAAACAGCGUAAACAGUGUUGAUUCCUUUAUUGAUAUAUUGUCUUUUUCUCGUAAAUAAAUGUAUGAGCAAAU